GAUGGUGACGGACGUGCAACUGGCCAUCUUUGCCAACAUGCUUGGGGUCUCGCUGUUUCUCCUGGUCGUCCUUUAUCACUACGUGGCCGUCAACAACCCGAAGAAGCAGGAGUGAGCGAAUGACUGGAGCGCCCCCC